GCGACGCGUUAGUGCGCAAUUAGUACGCGAGGCGAUCGAAUCUCUCUGUUACACUUUUGCUGUGUUGGGGAUUCAAAACGCUAUUCUUGAAAACUGUCUCGCGAGUUUUGAAAUUCGAAGGACAGCUUUGCGAUUAACCGAGUGUAUAACAAACACGUGGAGUGACUGGGAAUAGGAGGGAGAUAGAAGGGAAGGAAGAUGCCAUUGCAGAGACGCGCACCUGAGAAAAUGGAUUGUAAUCUACUGAUUCAAGAGGUAUUUGAGAGGCGAGCGCUCUGGCAACGGAAUCACAAACAUCAUCAUAAUCGUACUAUACGCGAUCAACAUUGGGACGAGGUGGCCGACUUUAUUGGAAGUACACGAGAUGGCUGUCGUCGACGAUGGAAAAGUUUAAAAGACCAUUUUCGACGUGAACUGAAGAAAAGUGAGGACACAUUGAUUAAAUCAAGUUGGCCUUUUUAUGAUCCAUUAUUAUUUCUCAAGGAUCAAAUGAUCUCUUCAUUUCUCGUUGAUCCUUUGGAAAUUCAACCGCAAGUAAAAUUACAAGUCUAUGAAAACUCCUCGAAUGACGAUGAAAAAUUUGAGAGUGAAUUGCCCAUUGUUGAAAUUGAUGAGGAAAUUAAAGUUUUUAAUACAAAUGAUUUUCUGCCGACAACAUCAACGCCAGUUAUUGAAAGAGGUCGUCCUGGAAGAAAGAAGAAGAAGCAAAAAUUAAAUGACAACGAUAAUGAAAUAAUUGUUCAUGAAAUUUUAACAAACGAUGAAAUUAUUCCACCACCGUUAAUAACGCAUGAUGUUGUAAUGAAGGAGAAUGAGCAUGAGAACUCAUCGGAAUCUGAUGAUUAUUUCUUCUUUAUGAGUCUCAUUCCUCAUGUGCAAAAUUUCAGUUCAAUGCAAAAAUUGAGAUUGCGAAAUAAAAUACAUCAGUUAAUUAUGGAUGAGGCUUCGGGAAAUAAUAUUUCUAAUAGUCAUUAAUAAUGUGAUGAUUUCACUUUCGU